GAGGCCAACUCAACUCCCAAAAUCUUUCCCCUCUCAUUUCCAUCCUCACAAUUCACAAACUGGUCCAUCUCUUCCUAAUCCUCAUAAAACUCCUUCAAUAACAUCACCUCUUUAUCUUCUCUACACAAAAAAAUCCCAUCUUUUCUCCACACAAAAAUUCCCCAGAACAGAGCCCCAUCCCAUCCCAUGGCCUCCACCUUAUUCUCAACGCCCACAAUCCAUGGCUUCAAGCCCACCUACUCAUCCCCUUUCCUCUCCAAAUCCGCCGUCAAAUUCGCCACACCCACCUCCAAAAAACGACCCAGUUUCGCCAUCAAAGCAGAACUCAACCCGUCCCUGGUCAUCAGCUUGAGCACUGGCCUCUCUCUGUUUCUUGGCCGGUUCGUUUUCUUCAGCUUCCAGAGAGAGAACGUGGCCAAACAGGGCUUGCCCGAGCAGAACGGGGUGACCCAUUUCGAAGCAGGGGACACGCGUGCCAAGGAGUACGUGAGCCUCCUCAAAUCGAAUGAUCCAGUUGGGUUCAACAUCGUUGAUGUAUUGGCCUGGGGGUCUAUUGGUCAUAUCGUUGCUUACUACAUCCUUGCUACCUCCAGCAAUGGCUACGAUCCCAAGUUCUUUGGUUGAGGAAUUUGAGUUUUGUGGUUGCGAUGUAUAGUUGGGGGGAAAGGCUCUCUCUGUUUUUCUGUUAAUUGUAACUUAAAUUGUGUCGCAUUUGCUAUAAACUCUUGUUUUCGUGUGGUUUGUUUUUUGAAGUGUUUGAUGAAUGGUUUUAUUAA